AUGUAUUCUGCUGGUGCUAGCAACAGCAACACACCCACUCCUACGCCAUCUACUAGAGAAUCCACCCCGAGUUCUUCUACUCCAAAAGGCAUAAAUAGAGGAAAAUCUGAUCCGGCAUGGGCACAUUGCAAGGAAGUACCGUCAGCAAAUGGAAGGAAAGGGCUACUAUGCUUGUAUUGCUCAAAAGUUCUCUCUGGUAGCGGUAUAAAUCGGUUUAAACAACAUUUGGCGGGAUUAAAAGGAAAUGCAGAGGCAUGUCGGAAGGUGCCAGACGUUAUUCGAUUUAGAAUGCAAGAACAUCUGGUUGGGCACAUGUUAGAAAAGAAAAGGAAGUAUGAUAUGUUAGAUGAGCAAAAUCCAUAUGCUACACCCUCUGAGCAUGAUGAGGAGAGAGUAGAAAUGACACAUCUUCAUUCAAAAGCAAAAGGAAAGGCAACUCAAUCAAAGACAGCGAUGCCAAACAAGAUGAAAAUUAAUUCUUACUUCGAACCGAGAACAACACCGGGAGCUCAAAGGACACUCAAGAGUGUUUUGCAAAGCAAAGAAGUCACCGAGAAGUGUGAUCUUGCCAUUUCUAAGUGGAUGCUCGCUACAAGUAUACCGUUUAAUACGGUUAACUCUCCUUAUUACCAGCAAGCAAUCGAUGCCAUUGCUAGCAUGGGGGCAGGUUAUAAAGGUCCGAGCUUUCAUGAUCUUAGAGGAUAUUUAUUGACAAAAAAUGUUGAGGAGGUAAGAAAGUAUGUCGAUAGCUACCGAUCUAUUUGGAAAGAGACGGGUUGCACGAUAAUGGCGGAUGGAUGGACAGACCAAUGCAGGAGAACUUUGAUUAACUUUUUAGUUUAUUGUCCUAAGGGAACUGUUUUCUUGAAGUCUGUCGAUGCUUCAGAUGCUUCGAAAACUGGGGAGAUGCUUUACAAAUUAUUCAGAGAGGUGGUCCUAUUUGUUGGUCAAGAGAAUGUUGUUCACUUUGUGACUGACAAUGCCGCUAACUACGUGGCUGCUGGUCGUUUGUUGGAGCAGGAGUUCAGGACAAUAUUUUGGUCUCCUUGUGCAGCUCAUUGCAUUAAUUUAAUUCUCAGUGAUAUUGGUAAGUUGGACGAGGUGAGUGAUAUUGUGACUCAUGCUUCGAAGAUUACUAAGUAUAUCUACAAUCAUUGCUUUGCAUUGAAUCUGAUGAGAAAAUUCACUGGUGGACGAGAAAUUCUACGCCCUGCUCCAACUCGUUUUGCCACUAAUUUCAUUGCAUUGCAGAGUAUUUUGGCACAACAGAAUGCUUUGAGGGCUAUGGUAACAUCUAGUGAAUGGACUAGUUCAAGCCAUGCAAAAGAAAGUAAAGCAAAAGAAUUUGUGAAACUGUUAUUUGUGGAUUCUUUCUGGUCCGAAUGUGCAGCCAUAGUGCAGAUUAGUGAACCUCUUGUUCGUGUAUUACGUAUUGUUGAUAGUGAUGAAAGGCCUACUAUGGGAUUUUUGCUUGAAGCAAUGUACAAAGCUAGGGAAGAGAUGUUGAAAAGAUUCAAUAAGAGAAAGAAGAAGAUUGAGCCGUAUAUCAACAUUCUUGAUGCUCGAUGGGAUAGGCAACUCCACAAAAAUUUGCAUGCUGCUGGGUAUUGGUUGAAUCCCAAAUAUCAGUAUGACUUGACCGAGAUGGAGAAGAAUAGAGGAACGGUUUCCGGUUUGUUGGAUGUGAUAGAGAGAUAUUCCUAUGGAAAGCCCUCAUUGCAGACAAAAUUAACAAGUGAAAUGAAGAUUUUUAAAAAUGCUGAAGGUGAUUUUGGACCAGUAUCCGCAGUAUCCGAUCGCAUCGUGAUGGCUCCAGGUAUGUUCUAA